AUGCCCACUACGUCGCCUUUCCAAGCCAUUGCGAUCUGCAGCACGCUGCUCUACGCCAAGUACAUUACCGUCGCGCGCAUUAGUGCCAAGAAGAAGUUUAUCGCUGGGAACCGCGCGCCCGAAGACGAAGGCUUCCACCCCGGGGUGAAGCAAUCGUUUGGCCUGUCGUCGUCCGAGGCUCUCUCGCCCAAGGAGGUCGCGGCCAAGAUUGAAGACCUGCGUUGGCAGCGCAUCCUUGCCAACGACGUCGAGAACAUCCCGCUCGGCCUCAUCAUGGCGUGGGGCGCCGCGACGACCGGCGGCAAUGCGAGUGUGACCGUCGCGGCCAUCACGACCUUCACGGCCGCACGCUUCCUCCACACGAUUGCGUACGCCAACGGGUGGCUCUACCCGCGUGUCGCCGGCUUUGCCGUUGGCGCGCUCAGCAUCUUUGUCCUCGCUACCAACUCGAUCGCCGGCGCGUUUACGAAUGACCAUGGCGCGACCAAGUAG